AUGCCGUUAAAAUAUGUUUAUCAUCUUCUUUAUGAGAAGGUUAGUAGUCCUAAUGUUUCUGUAGCAGAACUGGCUGAAGUGAGAGGAGACAAGGUUAAUUGGAAUAUCUCUUUCCCCUAUGAUAGAAUUCCUAAUUAUCUUUAUCAACCGUUUAUCAAGUUGUUAGAGGAUCUCAAUCUGGUGGAUAAAAUCCUUAUGGUGGAUAAUCUCAUUAAGAGGAGGAAGAUAAUUACGAACAUAUGCUUAAUGUGUAAGGCGGAUGGAGAAACGGGUACGCAUCUUUCUAUACAUUGUUCGUUUGUUUCCAAAAUUUGGUGGUGGUGUUUUCACAUGAUGGGGAUCAAUUUAAUGUUGCCGUUACAUGUUGUGGAUUUGAUUGUUCAAAUGGAUGUGCCUCUGCCCAAGCUUGGGGGACAUAUUUGGAAAGUUUUACGGGGAGCUAUUCUAUGGGAAGUAUGGUUGGAGAGGAAUCGGAGAACUUUUGAAGGGAAGGUGAACAAUUUUGAGAAAGUGAUUAGUAACAUCAACUGGAUGUGCCUAGAAAUAGACAUUGUGCUAGAUAGAAGCCACUUGAUCAGGAGAGUCUUAAAGUUUAACUUUGAUGGCAGUACUCUGGGGAAUCCAGGCUCAACGGGUUUUGGGGGUGUGAUUCAUGAUUGGCAAGGUAAUAUGUUACUCGCUUAUGCAGGUCCAUGUGGCUCAACUACUGCUAACAAUGCUGAAUUAUUGGGACUCGUACAUGGAUUGAAAAUUUUGUUGGCAAGGUUAUCUGGUUAUGGCUUUAUUAUUGAAGGAGAUUCGAUGAAUGUUAUUAAUUGGUGCAAGAAAGAACAAUGUUUCCCUUGGCAACUUAAAUUUAUAGGCCUGCAGAUUUUUGAUUUGAUAGUGGGGCUAUCUUUAUCCUUUGAACAUAUGUAUAGGGAGGCAAAUUCAGUGGUUGAUUCGUUGGCCAAGAGAGGAGUACUUUUAGACUCUGUAGUGGUUGCUGAUUCUGUUGUUUCUUUGAUGUAA